AUGGAUGCCGCUCGCGCCCGAACCCUUUGGCGGAUGCUAGAUGGACGAGACCCUGCGAUUGCUGUUAUGGUGCUGGCAAGUACUAAGGUUCUCGCUCUGGUCACUGAGAUGUUGUGGAAAUGUUCGUUGGUAAACAAACAUGAACUAUGCGAUGCCCCAGAGGAGAGCAACGGUAUCAUUGAACGUGCGCUUAUGCUGAGAAUGAUGCCGAUUUUCUGGGCUGGAUACCGCACGCCGUUGCAGACUGAGCAUCUCUCCAAGCUUAGUACCAAGUUGCAGAAUGCCGAAUUGAGGCCGACCGAAAAGGGACCGAAGAGGAAGCAGGAGCCGAUCAAGCUUGCGAAAGAGAUCUUCUUCUCUCACACCAUCGAGUUUCUGGCGCCUAUAUUCCCCCGACUAUGCUACCUCUCCUUGACCUUUGCCCAACCAUUUCUCGUCCGUCGAGCGAUUGACUACAUCUCGAAGCCAAAGACCGAAGGCACAGGCCAGAGAGGUGAUGGACUCAUCGCAGCAUAUGCUCUUGUCUACUAUGGCAUUGCAUUUGUCUCCUCUCUGUAUGAACAAAGCGCUGUUCGAGCCACCACUGUCGUCCGUGCCGAUCUAUCGAUGCGAAUCUACCAGCAAUCACUUCUUCUCGAUCGAGUCGUGGAUACGGGAGACUCAAGUACAACAAUGAUGACUGCCGACGUCGAGCGCGUGCAGCUCGGAGUUCGAAAGAUACAUGACGCUUGGGCUAGCUUCGUAUCUGUUGCAAUUGGACUCUGGCUCAUCGAAGUACAGCUCGGUCUUGCAGCUUUGGUUACGUUGGGGUUGAUCGGAGGCUCUUUACUGCUCGGCGGAUACUGGUCUGGGCGCGCUAGCAGAUUCCAGAAGAAUUGGAUGGCCGCCAUUGAGAAGCGCCUCCACAAGACAGUGCAGGUCUUGAAGGGUAUCAAGAGCAUCAAGCAAAUGGGCGCGGCGCCAGCGAUAAAGACCAUGCUUGAAGAUGAAAGACAAUCGGAGAUCAAGCUAUCGAAGAGAUUCCGUCUUCAACUCAUUGCACUUGUAACUUUAUCUUUCACCUCUCUCACCAUGCUUCCAGCCUUGGGUCUCAGCGUCCACAACGCUGUGUCGGACAAAUCAUCAGGACGUAUCCUCACCGCCCAAACAGCCUUCCAAGUCAUGACCCUCUUCAACAUCGUCAGCUCAAGUAUACAAGACUGUACCUCCCAUGUCAUGGCUAUCAUGGUAGGACUCGGCUCACUGCAGCGUAUUGAGAGCUUUCUCAACCAGCAUACCUGGACAGAUCCUCGAAAGUCUAUCAGAGAUGCUAGCAUCAGUACAGAUGAGAGUUCUGUUGGUGGCUCAAGCGAGAAGAAGGUUCUCACCGACGUUGCUGUCAAAAUUCAGAACGUUAGCGCAAAGUGGACUGACGAUGGUGAAGAUAUCAUCAAGGACGCUACGUUUGAUGUACCAGCUCAUGGAUUGACUGUCAUUGCUGGACCGACAGGCAGUGGAAAGUCGACUCUGCUGCGUGUUGUGUUGGGUGAUCUUGCACCGUCAUCUGGAACCGUCUCUGUCGAUGAUUCGCAGGUUGCUUUCUGUGACCAGACACCUUGGAUUGCUAAUAUUAGCAUCAAGGAGAACAUCGUGGGUGCCUUGCCUUUCUAUGAAGAGCGAUAUCGCAUGGCGCUUCAUGCAUGUGCUCUUGAUCAGGACAUUGAAGAUCUGACAGACGGAGACAAACAUCUUUGUGGCUUAAAUGGACAGUCUGUCAGUGGAGGACAGAAAGUUCGCAUUGCUCUAGCGCGCGCCGUUUACUCCAAGGCUACUCUUGUUCUUCUCGACGAUUGCCUUGUCGGCCUCGACACCAACACGGAGCGCCACAUCCUCGGUGAGAUCUUCGCUCCCCGAGGUCUUCUCAGCAGCGCUCCCACCACGACUAUCCUCGCCACAAGUUCACCGAGAUAUCUUCCCUUCGCUAACUACAUCAUCCUCAUUGACGCCGACGGCCGUAUUGUUCGGCAAGGCACAUACGCCGAGAUUGCACCGCAUAUAGAGCAGCUCGAACAUGACGUGCUGCAAGUAUCUGACCGCGCUGCCGCUGCACGUGAACCUAGAGCUCAAGACUCUGAUGAACUACCCAACACUGCAAUCACCAAUGACAUCGCUUUCAAGAAGGGUGCCAAUGGUGAUUGGGCUGUGUACAAGUGGUACUUUGGAGUCAUUGGCUGGAUGGACUUUGUUGUCUUUCUAUUCCUCUGCUUGGGAUUCGUGAUAGGCGUCAUAUUUCCACAAAUAUACCUUGGACUAUGGUCGGAGAAGACUCUCCAGGAACAAGUUGAUACACUUCCGUCAUUCUAUGGCGUCUUCUUCGGCGUUGGUUCAACGGCAUGGAUAGCUCUCUUCUCAGCAUGUGUAUGGCUCUUUUUACGCAUCGCAGUUCGGACAGCAGCUUUGUUCCACCAUCUCAUUCUCACUACAACACUCAAUGCCAGAAUGGAUUUCUUCUCCCAGACGGAUAGUGGAGUCACGUUGAACAGAUUUAGUCAGGACCUGCAGAUUACCGAUAUGGAGCUACCGCUAGCUUUCGUUGGCGCCACGAUGAACUUGCUGAUGCUUAUUGCGCAGUGUAUCGUUGUCACGAUCCAAUCCCACUACGCGGGCUUUGCGAUUCUGGCUAUCGCUGUUGUGAUUGGCUUCUUUCAUGAGUUUUAUCUUCGCACUUCUCGAAGACUUCGUGUCAUGGACAUUGAGGCGAGGUCACCUGUCUUGUCGUUGCUGUUGGAGUCUCUUGAUGGACUCGCUACUGUGCGCGCAUAUGGCUGGGCAUCAUGGUACUUGCGACGGGGCAUAGAGGUCCUUGAGCGAUCACAAGUACCCUUUCACUUCUUGCAGUCUGCACAAGUCACACUCAAUCUCUCAGUAGACUUGUUUGUCGCGACUCUUGCCCUAGUUGUUAUCUCCAUCGCUGUAGUACAGAUGAACACCAGUGGCGGAAGUCUUGGUCUCGCGCUGUUCAACAUCGUGGGACUUGGGCAAUCAGUCAAAGGUGUCGUAUUCUUCUGGACUUCGCUCGAGAUCACACUUGGUGCAGUUGCUCGUAUCAGAGACUUUACUCAGGACACAAAGUCGGAGCAUGAGGCGGAUACGAAGCCUUCGGCGGAGUGGCCAUCUAAGGGCGAGAUUCACUUCACCGAUGUGACACUUACUCAUUCAACUUCGUUGCCACCAACCAUUUCGAAUUUGACGCUGGAUAUCAAGCCAGGCUCCAAGAUGGCCAUUUGUGGUCGGACAGGAAGCGGAAAGAGUACCCUUGUGAACUCAUUGCUCGGCCUAGUGCAGGUCUCUUCAGGUCUCAUCAGCGUCGACGACGUUGACAUCUCAACCCUGGCCAAGGAUGAAGUACGAUCACGCUUCGUAGUCCUCCCGCAAGAAUCUCUCAUCCUCUCAGUAAGUAUUCGAGAGUACGCAAAGCUUUUUGGCAUUUCAGACGAGCAAGAGAUUAUCCAGGGCCUGAAGAAGACAGGCCUAUGGCAGACGAUUGAGCAAGGAGGCGGUUUAGAUAUGAUCGCCUCAAGCGACACCUUCUCCCACGGAGAGCGUCAGCUCUUCGCCAUGACACUAGCCUGCCUCAAGAAGGGCAAGAUCGUGCUUAUGGACGAGCCAACAAGCCACGUCGACAAUGAUAUCCAGACACAGCUGCGCCAGACAGUAUUUGACACGUUCCCUGAUAGCACUGUCCUCUGUGUCACGCAUCAGGUUGCAACUAUUGUAGAGUUUGAUAUAGUUCUUGUACUAGAUGACGGCAAGAUCGUUGAGCAGGGUGAUCCCAAGGAACUGCUGCGGCAGCCAACUUCGCGUUUCGCACAGCUGUACUCGGCUGGUGAGCUUUGA